UCCCCCGGGUGGAUUGUCAGUGCGGCAAAAAAGGAAUAAAAUUCAGGAGUGGGAAAUAAAAUAGUGUGGUGCGUCCAAAGAUACUGAUAUACCUAUUCGUAAUACCGAACCCGAAGUCACCAAGUGGUGAGUUCCAACGGCCACUGGUGCGCCUGUAGGUAGAUAAAAGACAGCGACUCGAGGCAGUGGCAGUGUGAAAUCAUCGAAGGUCGAGGGUUGGUGGUGUUUCAGUGGUAUGAUCAUUUCUACGUUACCUCUAGGAUCAAAUAAAAGGGAGGCAUAAUCAAAAGUAUUGAACACCAAGUGAGUGAAACGGUGUACUGACAAAAUAGGCUGUGAAUAAAUUGUCUCUUGCAUCAGUCCAUGUGCUCCAGCAACUGAAGAUGCUCAUCAAGGAAUACCGCGUCACUCUGCCACUCACCGUCGAGGAGUACCAAGUGGCUCAACUGUACUCGGUAGCGGAAGCGAGUAAAAAUAACACUGGUGGUGGUGAAGGCAUCGAAGUAUUGAAAAAUGAACCAUUCACGGAUACUCCAUUGCUAGGUGGUAAAUAUUCGUCCGGACAGUAUACAUACAAGAUAUAUCAUCUUGCUAGCAAAGUACCAGCUUUUAUUCGACUAUUAUUACCAAAGAACUCGUUGGAGAUACAUGAGGAGGCAUGGAACGCCUAUCCAUACUGCAAGACAGUCAUAACUAAUCCUGGCUACAUGAAGGACAACUUCUUCAUCAUGAUUGAGUCCUUCCACAUUGCUGACACGGGAAACCAGCACAACGUACACGAACUGUCUGCUGAUAAACUUAAAACGCGAGAGGUGAUACACAUAGACAUAGCCAAUGAUUCAAUAGCAAGCGCCGAUUACAAAGAGGACGAGGAUCCAACGAAGUUCAAGUCCCAAAAAACUGGUCGUGGUCCGCUGGUCGGAAAAGACUGGAAAAACAAUGUUACACCUGUUAUGACAUGUUACAAACUAGUAACAUGUGAAUUCAAGUGGUUUGGCCUCCAGACACGUGUGGAGAGCUUCAUCCAGAAGGCUGAGAGACGCUUGUUCACCAAUUUUCAUCGACAGGUAUUCUGUUGGACUGACCGCUGGCAUGGCCUGACAAUGGAAGACAUCAGAGCACUCGAGGACAAUACCAAGGAAGAGCUCGAUAGGCAAAGACACGAGGGAGAAGUGCGAGGUAUGCGAGCAGACGAGUGAGGCUGCUGUCGAGGCAUCUAGAUAAUAUUAAAAAUUGCGUUAUAAAUAAUUACCCCCUACACCCACCCGAGGACUACGAAGAGCAUAAUUAAUUGAAGAAUAAUAAAAAAAAAAAUCUCAAUAAAUAUUAAAUAACUCCCCACAAUUGCCGGAAGCAAGACAGUGUCAGCAGAAUAUUUUCUGUCCUAGAAUCAGUGUCUAUUUCAAUGACUUACGAAUUUAUAAUUUAUUUUACAAUUUACUAAAAUUCAAUGGGAUUAAUAACAACUUGAAAAAGCGUUUUAGAUUAAUGUAUCCUAGAAAUCAAUUGAAUUCACCCUGUAUUACAGUGUUAUGUGGGAGAUUGAGAGUAUUUGGGUGUCAAUAUUCAUUGGCAAUGAAUCAUAUUUGAGUGAUUUGACAAAAUAAAAAGGUGAUGCGAGAUAAAAUGAAUUCCACACUGAGAGAAUUUUAAAAAAAUCAUAGAUAAUUGACUGUAACGAUUAAUUCAUAGUCUUUCAGGUAAUUAAUUAAAUAUUAACGUUCAUUUAUUGGCAUAAUCAGGCCUGUUAUGAGGGAGUGCUUGUCGUGACUAGUGAGAAAAUAAAUCGAGUCAGGCGAAUUAAUUGUGGUAGAGAAAAAUAUUUGUUUAGAUCCACUGUUCAUUGCCAUUUCGUUUGAUUAUCUCGAGAGAUAAAUAGCGAAUGAUGAGUUUGUCAAUUGAAUCAAUGAUGCAACAAUGUAUGCAACUGAUUGAGUAUUUAUUUUUUAAAAUACUCUAAUGAAUUUUCAUGAAUUAAAAGGCAUUAUUUUGGGCCAGCACAUUUUAAACAGCCUCACCAGUCGUCACGUGAUUUGAGCCGAUGGAAAAUCAAUCGGUAUACGAUGGGAUGAAAUUCUAUAAUGGGCUGCAGUUGGGGUACACUGUCACGAAUUAUUUUCGUAAUUUUACGAAUUUUCUGUUCGUUUUUACGACAUGAUGGGAAUACUGAAAGUAAUUAACGCAUUUAAUGGGACAUUAUUACAUGAAACAUUAAUUAGUCAGUCUCGCGCUGUGUCAAUAACAAUAAAACAAUUAACACUUUGACGAUGUUCGAUUUAGUGUCGAUUUGGAUGGGGGAAAAAUUAAAGUUCAUUGAUAUUUUAGUCCUCUUUUUUGUGAAUGUUUUCAAUUCGCGAGUUGCGAAUCACUUUUUGGGGAACUUGGACGAGUGACAGGGGUGGAGGGGUGAAGAAAAUUAAUAGAAAAAUUAAAUAUUUAGAUUUUAAGGUUUCGAUUAAAAUCCAUUCACGAUUUUGAAUAGAUUUGCAACAGAACUCCAGUUCUUAUGGGAUUCCUUAGUUGAAGAUUUUUUUUAUUAAUCUUGUGCAUUUUCGAAAAAAUAUAAAAAGUAUUUUUUUCUUUCCACAAAUGAAUGGGUUUCACUCACAUCGUCUAUUCCCAAUUGAAUUAUUAAUUCCAGUAUUCAUUUCUAUACGCACUCAUGAAGAUUCAAAUUCUUGAGACGUUUAAUAGAGCAAAAUAAAAUAUAUUAAAAUAUAUUUUCCAGACCAGGAAAAAAUUGUUACAAAAAUCUGUAAAUUUUGUUGAAGAAAGCUAGGAAAACAACUCCACUCCUGACUCAAACCAUAAAUAAUCAACAAGCUCUUCGGCGUUACAAUAAUUAAAUCAUCGAGGGCCGAGGCUACUUUACCGUAUUCCUGGUUGUUUCUCAGUCUACCAUUAAAAAUAAAAAGUGAAUAAAAAUACAAGAAAACGAUUAUAAAAAAACAAAUGUAUUAUUCUAUAAAUGUAAAUGAGAAUUUUGCGUAUGCGUGACUUACUAGCGAACGCACGUAUUAUGUAGUAUGAGAUGAAAAAAUGAAAAAAAAAAAAAACGUAAAAACAUUGACAAGCUCUAGCUGUUAAAAAUUAUGGCAAGAGUUGCGGCGGGUCGUUGUACAUAAUUUGUUGUGGCAUACAAUGAAAUUCAAAGUGGGAUGGAAAUGACGCUUGGAUUAGCUUCGCUUGCAUUCCGAACGGGAGAGUACUUGAUACCAUUCAAAACGGGUUAUCGUGUGAAAAAGUUUAAAGGAAAAAUUGGCAAAUUGUUCACAAGAAUUCUAUCGAAAUUCUGUUGCCAUUGUUUUCAAAAUUAUGAGAUUUUCUUCAUUAUUUUCUCCUAUUAUUGGAUUUUGUUCGAGGGAGGAAUCCUAUAGCCUCUGACUUUCCAAUUUAUGUCUUAAUUUUUAUCCCUAAAAGAUCAAUAACGAUUCAACAGAAACAAAAGUAGAAAACUUGUGCUCCAAUUUGUGAUCAUCAACAGGAAUUCUUCCAAAGAAUACAACAUUUUUCCAUUACAUUUUUUCUCGCCUAACUCCUACCAAGAGCACGAAGAGAUCUCAAAAAAACAUACGAUAUAAAUUAAUUCAUAACUAAUUAGUCACCCCAGGGUCCUGGUGACUCGAGCAAUAGAGAGUUAGUUCAGAUCCUAGAGUCGAACCGGUCUAAUGUCAAACCACAUUAGUUUUAGAUCAAGUGAUGGAGACCAUUAAAUAAUGAAACAAUAGUUUAAGUGCACAUAUGUACACGAUCAUUAGAUCCGGUUUAAUUGUCGUUUGCACAAAGAAACAAAUAACAUAAAUGGAAGUUAAAGGAAACAUAACGAAACGUGUAACAGGUACCUUCCCAGGUGGUAGAAUCAGUUUAAUUAAGUCAGUGCUGUACGGUUUUCUGCAAUGAAGUGGUAAAAGAGAUUAGGUUUAUUCAUUUCCAGCCGAGCUUUUCGAUAAGUAUCUCAAAACCAACGAAAUAUCAAACAAUGUUCAUAAAGACUUUUUUGUGGGUCACAUUUUUCUCUACAAAAAAGGUAAUGGUGGACAUCCCGACAUCUGUUCCAAUUUUUGAGAUAUUCAUCAGAAUACAAAUUUGAAAAUGACUCAGGUCGUUUUCCCACUUCACUACAGACGUUAAUUGAUUAAAUAAUUUUAACUAACCUUUCUUUACGAUGAGGGAAACAAUUAGGGAGCUGGAGGGACGAGCAGGGAGUUCAGGAAUGAUUUAAUUCUCUCGGGUCAGUGAAUGUAGGACAAAACUGGGCAAAAAUAUUGAUCAAGUCCUCCAGAGUCACCUGACCACAUUAACUUUUUCUCAUUAAAGACAAAAUAGUUUUUUGAUUACGAUGAAGCCCAGAUUCCGAGAUGCAGUAUCCACAUAUCGGAAAUGAGUUUUCAUUAGAAUUGAAAAAUAACUGGGUGUAAUUAGAAAUAUCAACUUGAUCACGUGAACCCUCUGGAAGAUGGCUUUUAAUAUUGUUAAAUGACUGGCGAUCGUUUUCUCUAGAAUUGAAUUUCACUGUGGCCGGUUUGCUCCUAUUACCAAUGUCCUAAAAUUACAAGAUUUUUCUGAAUAGAUAAUUUAGAUAAUUUGUUUCUGAGAAAGUAAACAAGAAAAUUCAGCGAUUGAUUGAAUAACGAAAUUUUGAGAAUGAUGCGAUGAAAAUAACGCUGUCAAAGGGCCGACGAUAAAUUAAAUCUUCAGUGGAGAAAUAAAUUUCAACCUGGAUUAAACUAGAGUCUCGCGUAUGAAUAUGUAUGUAUAUAUUUAUAUAUAUAUGUAUGUAUACGUAUUUAAGCUGAGGAGUAAUGAGAGAAGUGAGAUAAUUAUAUAGGCUAUAAUGUCAGACGUGAGGUGGUCGUGAGAAUAAUAAAAUCGAAGAAUAUACAGCGUACAAA